UUGAAAUUUGAAAGGGAAUCCGAAUAAGUUCAAAAAGGAAAAUAGAAGAUGAUAAAGACUAUUAAUUUUAAUCUACGUACUUUUUGGUGUUGAUUAUGAAACAUUACUGCGUUGAUGUGAAGGCAGUUUUAAAAACCUUUUCUGAUUGACCAAAGCGUAGCCUUUGCUUGGACGGAAUUACUUCGCGCCAUUCGGACUGCAUCGCGAUGAGUGUGAGACGGUCUCCCAGAAGUGCUCGAGGCUCUGUGUCGGGCUCUUCUGGGGCUUUCCCGGAUGUCUUCGAUGAUCCGGAAUUGGAAAUUGAGAGUAUAUUUCAGUUGAACUAUGAGGCUGCUUCUGGUGAGCUUCCUCAGUCCCAGCCAGGACAAAGUGAUUUGUUGCCUGAUAUGGGCGGAAAUGCCACCGACGUCGCCCCUCCAUCCAGUCAAGAUAAUACCACAGCUGCAGUUUCGCGAUCGGUGAUACGGUCAUCGUUAGCAAGAAUUCAAGAUCGACGCAAAGGUGCUACCCGUACGGGUGUUCGAGAAAAUCUAGCGCACUCUCAGUCUCAGACUUUUUCUUCCACUUUUGACGAUGACGAUGAUCAGAUUGAUGCUCCUCUUAUGGUGCGUGUGCGAAAUCCGGACGAACGCGAGGCAGAAGCGUCGUUGACAAGGAGUUUACAGCCUUUUAUCGUGGAUGAGAGAGAUGCUCGAGAAGAUAUUCCCUUGCCCGUUGCUCUGCCGAUGCCGAUCGUGGGCGUAUGUGAUAAUUCAGCUCUGAAAACUUUCUGCGAUCAGAUGAUCGACCACCACUACAAAAUGGAAAUACCCUUGCCGUCCGAGGAGGAUGUCGCACAAUUUUUAUUACGGUUACCAGACAAUUGCCCCGUACAUCUCCAGCUACCCGCCCUUGCAGUUCCUCCUGGCGCCGGUACCAAACCAGAAGAAUUAUCCGGCUUUGUACAAAUGGGCUCGCUGUUUCUUGAUCCCAUUGGCCAUUGUGCUCAGUUGACCACAACGGUACAGAAUCAUUCCUUUACGUUCGACAUGGCCCAUCAGAGCGUUUCUUCAAAUAACGCCGGUGUUCUCGUAUUUCAACUUCCGAAGGAAUCCGAAGAAAGUGGAACAGUAGCGGUACUUAGUGUUGAUAUGGCUGCUUCGCUCACGGCUCAGACCAAAGUGAAAAAUUUGUUGAAUGGAGAGCGAACAACUGCUCACAAAGAUCUGGCCAGUUUGGAUCGAAUAAUGAAGGGAAAAGAAGAUUCAAUCGCAGCCGAUAAGAAAAGAAAGGCUGCACAACUGUCUUCCCCAGAUCCAAACGACAGUUCUGGAACUACCAAAGAAGUCUUCAAAAGGCCUCGAUUCGAUGCAGAGGUUUUUCCAUUAUGUACUGAAUUUGUAGAAGAGACUCUGUUUGAGUGUUACUCUUCUUCUCCUGUUGAUACCAGUUUAGUGAUUUUAUUGUUUACUGCCUUUUUCGGCAGUUUUUAUUUUGCUAUGAAACUGUUGUUACAUUCUUCUAAUGUGCGAUACGCGCUCUUCUUUGCUUACCGCAAUUCGGGACUGCGGACCCAUGGACACCGAAUACUGAGUACUGAUUCGUCAUGGUGUUCCAUUUGGGCCAGGAAGAACAAUCCUGGAGCGAAGCGUUUCGGAAAUAACAGUGUUUUUCUCCGUAAUAUCACAAAAUCUGGCUCGUUCUUCGAAAAGGACCACACCGUUGCUCACCAGUCGCGAAAUUAUGUGCUUUUAGUGGUUCCUGUUUUAACAUUUUGUCUUGGAGUUUGGCAGCUGCGACGUCUAAAAUGGAAAUUGGGUUUGAUUGACGAAAGGACAACAAGAAUCCGUGCUCCGCCGCUCGGAUACGAAAAUUUGCCUGCUAGUGUGGAUGACAUUGGAGAUUUGGAGUAUCGGCGAGUGAAAUUGCGUGGAAAAUUUCACCACAGCCAUGAAAUUUACUUGGUGCCCAGAACUCCUAUCACCUCGGUACCGGCUGGUGGUGGCUUAAUUUCCUCACCAACCCACGGUGGUCGUGUCAUCACGCCCUUUACUAUAAGCGAAUCCAAUCAGACUAUUCUAGUGGAUAGAGGCUGGGUGCCGAAAGCCCGGUUGGAUCCAGCCACCCGAUCGGAAGGUCAAGUGGAGGGCGAAGUGCAAGUGGUCGGAGCUUUGCGGAGAUCCGAAAAGGGCAGCAGGUUUUCCCCGGUCCAUAAGGAGGGUUCUAGAAAUUAUGCGGUGCGAAAUAUCGAUCUUAUGGCUGCAGAAUUAGGUGUGACGCCCCUGUUAAUCGAAGCAACAAAAGAAUCAAGUAUUCCGGGAGGUCCUCUUGGAGGUCAGACCAUCAUCGAGAUGCGCAAUGAACACAUGAAUUAUGCCAUAACGUGGUUUUCCUUGAGCGUGAUAACAGCUUUUCUUUGGUAUUACAAAUAUAUUAAGCGUAAACCUUUCAGAUACAAGCUUAUUUGGCUCAUUCCUCGUAUUAUAAGCGAAUCUGGGAACAUCAUCGCAACAAUGGAUGCCGGUGGAUGUGUUCCGCUUCCGUUUCCGGUGGUUGUUCGGCCGACUUAUGAUCCUAAUGCUACCGUUCCGUUGCCGGCACCGUGUUACUUGGUGGGAAGAAAGGAAUUGGUGUAUAUUUACUUCGGUUCCGGUUUUGUCAUCCCGAUUUUGGCUCUGAUUUAUGUCCAGUUUGACAGAUUAAGAAGAUUUGUGCUGCGCAAUUUGAAGCGUCGAGGAUUACAGUGCCGUCAAGACAAUAUUAAUGAAGAAUUUGUGCCAAAACCAUCUGACAGCGACAGUGAUGAAAUGGCUCAAGGUGGGAUUAAAAAGUCCGGUGUCGAACGAAUGAAGCUGCUGAUGGAAGCAAAACAGCGUCAGUCGCCAUUUAUGAGGUUUUUUACGGAAGCAGCUUCCCCUCAAAGUCAGCUGGGCCAAAUUCUGAUGACGAUUGCGGUUACUUGUGCGGCUGUAUCAUUGUGCAUUUAUCUUUCUACGGUGUCCAUGCCAGUUGACAGUGUAGAAACCUGCGGGACAUUACCGAACGUAUACCAGGCGUUGGAUUUUGUGGCUAAUUUGUACAUGCUGUUUUACUUCAUUGUUCGACUGAUCGGCAACGACAAGAAAAUCCGAAUUAUCCAGCACUCAAUGCACAGCAUUGUGGAUUACUUCACGAUUCCACCGGUUAUGAUCAGCGUUUUCUUGAAUCGCUACUUUACCGGUUUUUCGUUUUUUCGCGCCUACAAUUUUCUGUGGAUUGUGGACAUACUUUCCAACCGUGGCGUAUUCCGAAAAACCAAUACAAUCAAAUUAGCUAAACUGGUCUUCACUGUGGUUUCUCUGCUAAUGAUUGCAGCUGGAUUCCUGCAUUUGGUGGAAAACAUGGGAGAUCCUUGGCCGUUUGCCAAUAAAGGCACUUACAAUGGCCAGUCUAUUUCUUUUUGGCGCUGUUAUCUUUACUUGUAUGGAAGAGUGACCUUACUGGACCUAAGUGGCAUGCGGAUACGUACAAUGCUUGGAAGGAUCAUUAUUUACUUUUUCCAAAUUUUGGCGUUGGGAAUCGUUAGUAAAGCCAUCCCGCAGAUUAUACUUCUGGUGAGGAUAACUCCGGAAUACGAUAAAAAAUACGAAACCCCUAUAAUGUUCUUACACGUAAUCGUAUGCGGAUCGGUUAAUGCUGCGGUGAUGAGCAGUUUCCUUAAAGAGUUCUACAACAAAGAUCGCGAAACUAGUGAAUAUUUCAAGAUUCUGAUACUGGAUGAAAAAGAACCAGAUGAGGAUAUGCGGAAUUUAUUGGAGCAGUAUUUCAAUCGGUUGGAUUACCGGCGCGGGACAUGUAUGAAACUGAAGGACUUAAACCGUGUGCAGUUAAUGGAUGCCGAAGCGGUGAUGAUUUUGGCCGAUCGGACUGCUGCGGAAUCCGAUGCGGAAGAUGCCGCUAAUAUCAUGCGCGUAGUUGCUAUUAAAAAUUACCGCGAGAGAGCGCGCAUCAUUGUACAAAUACUACAAUAUCACAAUAAAGCAUAUUUGCAAAAUAUCCCCAGCUGGAAUCCAAAAUAUGGCGAUACUGUGUUGUGUAUCAGUGAGCUGCGGUUGGGUUUGCUAGCACAAAGUUGUUGUGCGCCGGGAUUCUCAACUCUGAUGGCCAAUUUUUUUACGACACGAUCUCAAGAUGGCGAUACGAAGUUGUCCGAGAUUACAUGGAUGGACGAAUACGUCCGUGGUACGGCACUAGAACUAUAUUCACGACCGUUUAGUGAAGCGUUUUACGGAAUGGGAUUUGUGGAAGCGUGCGAAUUUUGUUACCGAAAACUGAAAAUCGUGUUACUUGCCGUGCAAAUUAAGCCUUCGGACCCGUUUUCCGCUCCACAAGUCAAUCCACCUUCAUAUGUGGUGAUCUGCGAAGGGUCACGAGGAUAUUUUAUUGCUGAUAGCACAAAGGAAGUUGACCGUGUGGAAAUUUAUUGCCGAAUCUGUCACAAUGGGGUCACCGAUUUGGAUUUGAUCAAGAAGUGCAGCUGUCAUAGUACCUUUGUUGCGUUGUCACGUAACGGGAAGCUGACCAAGCAGCAAAGUAACAUUUCCAGAAUGCUGUCAUGCCGUGGAGAUCUGGAACUGGAAGCCAAGAUUUGGUCUUUUAUUUGUCAGUAUCCGAAUACGCCGAUACAUGGAAGCGAGACUGAUAUCGCCCAGGAUGUGGCCACAAAAGAGUCUGCAUUGCUGCAACCACACAUGAGCUCGGAAAUUAUGUACGAUUCAACUGGGAUGUUCCACUGGUGUCCGGCUCGAGCAUUGCCGGAAAUAAUUAUGAACCGGUAUCGAGCAGCAGUUACGGAUUUUCACAAUCAUAUCGUGGUGUGCGUUAUGGCUGAAUCCAGUUCCCAGCUGAUUGGACUGUCCAGCUUUGUACUUCCUUUACGUUCGAGCAACAUACCUUACGAAGAACUGCAGGAAAUUAUCAUCUUAGGCGAUGUUGGAUAUCUUGAAAAAGAAUGGCAUUACAUUUACAACCUACCCAAGUUAUUUAUUGUAAAGGGUAGUGCGUUAAACCGAGCAGAUUUACGAUCCAUCAACUUAUAUUCGUGCGGGAUGUGUGUAAUUCUCGGGUCACCGGGACUGACAGAAAAGAAGAACAGCGAUUCGACCAUGGUGGAUAAGAACGUUAUACUGGCCACACUCAAUGUGCGAUCGAUGAGGUUUUCCCGUGCGGAAAGAGAUGCUGUGGAAGCUUUUCUUCCUGAUGAAACACCUCGUGAAACCGGCUAUGACAUACCUUUAAUUACAGAUCUCAUGCGAGAUUCGAAUGUGCAGUACUUAGAGCAGGAUGACAAGGAUAUGCCAGGAACAGAAUUCUACUGUACAGCACCGUAUGCCGGUGGGCGAGCGUUUGCGGCCAGCGUAUUGGACCUGCUGACUAUAACAUCCUUCUUCAAUGCCCCGAUCAUAAAGGUUUUCCACGCAAUGAUUUUCGGGGGAGCAUCUCUGGAACUCGAACGCAUUAUCGCCGAAGGGGCUGGUUUAAUCGGAGGAAGCAAUAUUUCCCAGCCACCUAAUAUGAAAGAUCAGAUUAAAAUUAUUCUGCUGCCACUUACAGCCGGCUAUCUACAAUCUCAUGCGAAUUCUGUUUACGGAGCCUUAUUUUUGGACGCACUGACUAGUUUGGGAUUGAUUGUUCUGGGAGUAUUUCGUUUAACGGACAGCGAUGCCGAUUUCCCCCAUAAACGAUACGUCAUCACCAAUCCACCCGAGGGAUUCCAGUUGCAUCCGUCUGAUAAAGUAUUUGCCUUACAACGAUCAGAUUGGCUCUCCAUGUCUAAUAAGAUCACACGUUCAGUUGAACCAUUUUAAUGAAUAUCUUAUUAAAGCACACGGUGCUACCAACAGCGUUUAUUACUAACAUACUGCAACAAACAAUCGAAGAGUGGUAAUUAGUAAAUACAACAAUAUAUUCAAAAAAGUCCUUUUUUCAUCCUGGAAGCCUGUCUCAUAACCACCGGCAAAUCGGAUCGAACUAAGAACCGGUCUUCAACUUUUUAUUUCUGUUCUCACGUUCG